UUGCCGAACUCAGAAGCAACACACAGAUUCCUCCUCACUCUCAGAGUCUCACUCACAGAAAAACCUCAGAAUAUCUCUUCCACUCUCUCUCACACACGCUCACGAACUCACGGAACGGGAUACUGAAAAGCCACGAGAUUGAUUAUGGCUGAAGCCGACGGAGGAGGGGACGCCAAAGCACCGUUAAGCUCUUCCAUCCCUUCCGGAAAGGACACCACCUGGUUUGAUGUCUCGUCUCUCCUCCAUCGUGCCUGCCACGAUCUUCGAAAUGAUGAACUCAUCAAUGGGGAGAAUUUCAAUCUGUUUGCUGCCAUGUCAGCUUUAGAGAUAAUGGACCCAAAGAUGGAUUCAGGCAUUGUAUCGACUUAUUAUUCUGUUGAUGAAGCCAUUGAGAAUGGUGCUGCUCCUAUUCCACUGAGCUUUGAUAGAACAAGUGAUGUUCAAUGUGUUAUUGAUAUAAUGGACCAUUUUCUUGCUUGUGAGGCAACAUGGCAUAAAGGAGGUUCGUUAGCGCAAACAGUGUUUUCUUGCAUCUACCUCUUGAGGCCUGAGAGAACAUCAUCUCAUGCCCUGCUGCAUUCUUUCUGCAGAGUUAUACGUGCUACUUGCAGUGCUCUUGUUUCAGCUGUUUCAGAGGCACGCACAAAUGAAGAAGAAGAUAUUUUCACCAUGGCUUAUGGUCUACCAUUGAAGGUCAAUGGAGAUGAAAAAUGUUUAUCAAUGAUACAUGCAGUGGAUGAAACACUUUGUCGACAACUGAAGGCAUGUAAAGCACCAGUGUCGAAAAAGACGGUUCUCGAAGAUGUAGAGCCCCUGCAAACUCAUCUCGAUCUUGAAGAAGGCUUUUGCAAAGCAGUUUUGUGCCGCAUACGUUUUCGUAAGCACUUUUACCAUGUACUGACAUGCUUGAGGAAACCCCAAGGAAGAGGCUUGGAGUUAGCAAAGAAACAUAUUAUUUCCUGCUUAUCUGAGCUAGAUUCCAUGCUUAGAACUGAGGAAUUUCUGAGAGACAACUCUGCAUGUGGAACUGUCGAAAAUGAAGAUGAGAAAACAACUGCCUCGGGUUGUCAACCAGUUGGUUUCGAUUCUACAUUAAACAGCAGGUCAGCAGCCCCAACUCCACCCCGUGCAAUUAAACUACUAAGCUGGAAAAAGGCAGUUGAUUAUUUCAGGAAGCUUCUGCAUGAUCUAGAUGUUAUAUGUUCCUACUCAUUGGAUCCUGUUUUUGAAGGUGCCCUGCGCUUUGUGGUUGAUGUGCAGAAGUUUCAACCAGAUUUGGUUGCUCGAGCUCAUAUGCAGCUUCUGCUGGUACAAGAUGGGAAGCUUUAUGGACGGGAAUCUUUAUUUGCUGUCAUAUGCAAGGCUGCCCUAUUACCUGAAGGCGCAAGGAAUCAUGAUAUCCAGAAGAAUGAGAGUGUUCAACAACUAGGGCAGUUACUUACCACUUUGUUCCGAGUCCUAUGUACAAACACUGCAUGGCAGAGGCGUAAACUAGGGAAGAUCUUACAGGAUUGGCGAAUAAUAUAUGUACAGCUUGAGUUGGCUUUUAGAAAGGAGUUUGGGGAGACUGCAAGCACUUCAGUUGAACAGGACUUGUUGUUAAAGGUCUGCAAACAUAUCCUCAUUUGGGUAGAGGAGCAAACAUACUGGAUAGCUUUACGUUUCCUUAUGCUUGGCUUUGAAUUAGAGCUAUAUUCAACUGAUGAAUAUUGCAUGGUAUAUUGGUACAUUUAUGUCAUCCUGAUCAAGCUAGCCGAGAAAACUCAUCUCAAAAUAAUGCUGAGCAACGAUUCUAGCCGACGGAAAUCAAAAAAGAAGAAAGAUUUUGUAAAGGAUGUUGGCAAAGACUAUCAAGUUCCACCUGUGGUCCUGUUCCUUCAGUGCUACAUACAUGUUUCGCAAGGUCUUAUGAUGGUAAUUAUCCUCUUGUAG